GAGGAGACUGCCGCUUAGGCUGUAGCCGCCACCGCGCGCUUCGGAAGGCCGGAGGGAGGAGGAGGCCUGUCAGUCUCGCGCGUUGCCUGGGCGAAGGGGGCGGAGCUUUAGCGUGGGGCGGCCAAUAGUGGGGGUGGCUGCGUGGGUCGCCAUGGGGACGGGGCUGUUCCCGGGGAGGCUGUGAUGGGUUGACAGGUGCGUGACAGUGGGAGCUGCUCUCGGCACAAGCAUGUACGGCAAAGGCAAGAGUAACAGCAGCGCCGUCCCGUCCGACAGCCAGGCCCGGGAGAAGUUAGCACUCUACGUAUAUGAAUAUCUGCUCCAUGUAGGAGCUCAGAAAUCGGCCCAAACAUUUUUAUCAGAGAUAAGAUGGGAAAAAAACAUCACAUUGGGGGAACCACCAGGAUUCUUACAUUCUUGGUGGUGUGUAUUUUGGGAUCUCUACUGUGCAGCUCCAGAAAGACGGGAAACAUGUGAGCAUUCAAGUGAAGCAAAAGCCUUCCAUGAUUAUAGUGCUGCAGCAGCUCCCAGCCCAGUGCUAGGAAACAUUCCCCCAGGAGAUGGCAUGCCAGUAGGUCCUGUACCACCAGGGUUCUUUCAGCCUUUUAUGUCACCUCGGUACCCUGGAGGUCCAAGGCCCCCAUUGAGGAUACCUAACCAGGCACUUGGUGGUGUCCCAGGAAGUCAGCCAUUACUUCCAAGUGGAAUGGACCCAACUCGACAACAAGGACAUCCAAAUAUGGGUGGGCCAAUGCAGAGAAUGACUCCUCCAAGAGGAAUGGUGCCCUUAGGACCACAGAACUAUGGAGGUGCAAUGAGACCCCCACUGAAUGCUUUAGGUGGCCCUGGAAUGCCCGGAAUGAACAUGGGUCCAGGUGGUGGUAGACCUUGGCCAAACCCAACAAAUGCCAAUUCAAUACCAUACUCCUCAGCAUCUCCUGGGAAUUAUGUAGGUCCUCCAGGAGGUGGAGGGCCACCAGGAACACCCAUCAUGCCUAGUCCAGCAGAUUCAACCAACUCUGGAGACAACAUGUAUACUUUAAUGAAUGCAGUACCUCCUGGACCUAACAGGCCCAAUUUUCCAAUGGGCCCUGGGUCAGAUGGUCCCAUGGGUGGAUUAGGAGGAAUGGAGUCACAUCACAUGAAUGGCUCUUUAGGGUCAGGAGAUAUGGACAGUAUUUCCAAGAAUUCACCCAAUAAUAUGAGCCUGAGUAAUCAACCGGGCACUCCAAGGGAUGAUGGCGAAAUGGGGGGAAAUUUCUUAAAUCCUUUUCAGAGUGAGAGUUACUCCCCUAGCAUGACAAUGAGUGUGUGAUCCAUUACCAAGUCUCCUCAUGAAAACCACAGUGAGUCAGCCCUUCACAGAACUACUACGGAAGAAAAUUAUUCAUCACAGUGUACAGUUAAACAAAGGAAUCUCAGUCACACCAAACCAACCUUUUUAUUUCCUGCUCUCUCCCCUAUUUUUUGAAGAAAGCGGGUCCAAACGUGAUUCAAACAACUGUACAGAGCGGCAUAUUAGAAUUGCCCUAAACUGAACUGCAAAUAAUUAUCUGUGUAUGUAUAUGUGUGGGUCAGAGAAUGUAUUGUAUAUGUGUAUGUUAUACGGACAUAUGCACAUACAUACAUUGACCCACAGGACAUUGUAAAAUAUUAUUACAUGACAUCUUAAGUAGAAGUAAGUAGGGACUUUUAUUCCAUCCUUUUUUUCACGUUUACAUUUUAAUUAUUAAAAGUUGCUCCUGCCCCUCCCUGAACUAUUUUGUGCUGUGUAUAUCACUGCUUUAUAUAAGUUAUUUUUUAAGGUGAACUCAGAUGUUAUGGUUUUGUAAAUGUCUGCAAUCAUGGAUAGGAAUAAAAUUGCUUAUUUGAGAGCUUUCAUUAAA